AUGGACGAAAUGCGGCUGUUGACAAGAAUUCUGUUGGUGGGGUUCAUCUGCGUUCUUUUGGUCUCCUCUGGGCUGACUUGUGGACCAGGCAGGGGUAUUGGAAAAAGGAGACACCCCAAAAAACUGACCCCUUUAGCCUAUAAGCAGUUUAUUCCCAAUGUGGCAGAGAAGACCCUAGGGGCCAGUGGAAGAUAUGAAGGGAAGAUCUCAAGAAACUCCGAGAGAUUUAAAGAACUAACCCCAAAUUACAACCCUGACAUUAUUUUUAAGGAUGAAGAGAACACUGGAGCUGACAGACUGAUGACUCAGAGAUGCAAAGACAAGCUGAACGCCCUGGCUAUCUCGGUGAUGAACCAGUGGCCCGGAGUGAAGCUGAGGGUGACCGAGGGAUGGGAUGAAGAUGGGCACCACUCCGAGGAGUCGCUGCAUUACGAGGGCCGGGCCGUGGACAUCACCACCUCGGACAGGGACCGCAGCAAGUACGGCAUGCUGGCUCGGCUGGCGGUAGAGGCUGGCUUCGACUGGGUCUACUACGAGUCCAAGGCCCACAUCCACUGCUCCGUCAAAGCAGAAAACUCGGUGGCCGCCAAGUCGGGCGGCUGCUUCCCGGGCUCGGCCACGGUGCACCUGGAGCAGGGCGGCACGAAGCGGGUGCGGGACCUGAGCCCCGGGGACCGCGUGCUGGCGGCGGACGCGCAGGGCCGGCUGCUCUACAGCGACUUCCUGGCCUUCCUGGACCGCGAGCACGGCGCCCCCAAGCUCUUCUACGUGAUCGAGACGCGGCAGCCGCGCGCCCGCCUGCUGCUCACCGCCGCCCACCUGCUCUUCGUGGCGCCCCCGCACAACCACUCCCAGCCCGAGCCCGCCCGCAGCCGCGCCCUCUUCGCCAGCCGCGUGCGGCCGGGCCAGCGGGUCUACGUGCUGGGCGAGGGCGGCCGGCGGCUGCUGCCCGCCGCGGUGCACAGCGUCUCCCUGCGGGAGGAGGCCUCGGGGGCCUACGCCCCGCUCACGGCCCAGGGCACCAUCCUCAUCAACCGGGUGCUGGCCUCCUGCUACGCCGUCAUCGAGGAGCACAGCUGGGCGCACUGGGCCUUCGCCCCCUUCCGCCUGGCCCACGCCCUGCUGGCCGUGCUCUCCCCCAGCGCCAGCCUGCCCGAGGCGGAGCCCGCCCCCCCAGGCCUCCACUGGUACUCGCGCCUCCUCUACCGCAUCGGCAGCUGGGUGCUGGACAGUGACUCCCUGCACCCGCUGGGCAUGGCCGUGCAGGCCAGCUGA